AUGAGCUCAGCAUCCUCCACAUCCCCCAUCAUCCUCGUCACAGCGGGGGGCUUCCGCUUCCUCGCUGUUCUCCAGACCGCCCUCGCGCCAAAGACCACCUCACUCUUCCUGGAUCUCCUUCCCUAUACCGCCUCCCUCAUCCACGUCCGAUGGUCGGGUGAAGGUGUUUGGAUUCCCCUGGGAUACACUUCGAUGGACAUCUCCAAGCUUCCCAACGAGAACCAUACCUCCCAUCCCGCGCCAGGGGAGUUUAUUCUCUAUCCCGGCGGCAUCAGCGAGGGAGAGUUCCUACUGGCUUAUGGGGGCGUGACUUUUGCGAGCAAGAUGGGGCAGUUGACUGGAAACCAGUUCCUGACUAUCGUCAGAGGAAAUGAGAAUCUGAGGGCAUUGGGAGAAAAGACCUUGUGGGAUGGGAAGCAGGAAGUUCGAUUUGAGAUUGCAGAUGAAAGCACUGUCGCAGCAGGAAGCAACGUUGCCUCCCUCAAGCAGACGAAACGCAGGCUCCUUGCCAGCGAUGCAGCCAGCUUGGCGCUUCAUAUGGCUGAAAUUGUUGUGGAUCUACAAAAGAGACUACUGGUUGUCGAAGAGAGGGUGCGCAGCCUGCAAACAGGGGGCGCCCCGACGAAUGACGGGAUUGGUCUCGUUGCGAAUGUGAGGGUAUCCCAAGAACCGCAUCUUGAACCAGAUAGGAUGGUGGUCCAACAUGCUAGCACAUCUGGCCCAUCCAUAUCACCGGCCCAACCAUCGACUCUGCACUCUCACAAUUCGCACGCCAUUAGCCCCUCCUACUCAUCUCAUCAUCGCGACACCGAUCCUAUAUCCUCUCCACAUCAUGACGGACAGCCAGCCGUGUCGAUGUCUACCAUUCAGCUCGGGGCUCCGAUAGCUACCCUCCGUUCGUUGGGGGCUCUUCCCGCCAAUGGGUCAGAGUCGAUGUUGGACCCUAUAGCGCAGAGCGUGCUGUCAGUAUUGGAUGCUCAGCGGGCUAUCAAGAUCUUCUUUGAUCAUUGUCAUUCUUUUGGCCCGGUACUAGAUAAAGUUUCGGUCAACGACGGGAUGCGUCUACAGCAUCAGAAUCCUCCGUUGUUCUUGACGAUAUGCACAAUCGGUGCCCGUUACUGGGAUAGUGGAAUAUCAAAGGCCCAAGGCCCACUGAGAGAACGCGGCCUCCACCCAUCUUUCCUUGAGCUUACAACCCUCCUCGAUAUUACCAUCUCCCAACUCAUUCUCCGCCCAACGCCCUCUGACGUGACACUUGACUCAAUCAGAGCGCUCUUGUUGUACGCUCAGUGGAUGCCUCCCUCCCGCGAGCAUCUGUUUAGAGCUACAAAAAGGUCUUCUGAAGGGACUGAGAACCAAAGAGCACCUCGGAGUCGGUACAACGACAUCUCCGCUUGGGCCGUACUAGGCCUCGCCCAGCGGUAUGCUCUCUUCCUCGGACUGGACCGCCUAUCCGUUCUUCCUUUCCAAGACCCCCAUACUGAGAGUAUCACACCGACAGACAUGGCACGUCUUCGAAUCUGGCACAAUCUCAUCACAUGCGAUUGUAAUCUCAUGCUCACUUCUGGCCUUCCUGCCUCUCUCGAUCCAUCAUCGGCUGUCCGAGUGGGUCGGACGUUCAGCGAGCAACAGCUCGCUCAGCUGCCGGAGGACAAAAGGGUGACUGCGUUGGUGGAACUUGUGGGAAUUACGCAUAGGGCGAUGAUGGGUCGAGAGUGGGAUCUUAGCGGAAGGCCGUUGGAUCUGGUGUCGCUGAAGAAGAUCAACGUAGAGUUUGAUGAUUGGCACAAUAUAUGGGUCCACCGACUCAAAGAUACGCCACAUCAGCACAACGCCUUGCCUUUCACCUCCGUCCGGUGGUAUCGCCUGUCUCUCAACUCUGCAUCCUUGGGUCCGCUGUUGUCUCCUUCACCGCCCCCAUCGCCUGACCCCUCAGCCCAUUCUCCAUUCCUCCAACCUCUCGAGAUAUCACUCACCGCCGCCUCUCAGAUCCUCCUUGCCCUCUCUCACAUCACCCCCGCAUACAUAUGGAGCCUGGCAUCUCAAGAUGUCAACACUUUCCCGGUGGGGCCUUUUGAGAUGAAUGUUGAAGCUGUGGAGAGGUUGAGCUAUGCUGUGGACUAUACGUGGAUUUCGCUAGCUUUCUCUGUGGUGUUUCUGGUUCUUUGUCGAGUGAGAGGAGUCAUCAAUGACGAUCUUUCGAUCACACUUGCAGAGUCCCCGAUUGACAAGCUUGCGUACCCCAUCGUUCACCCAUCAUCCAUCCUCUACCGUCUCGUUUACCUCGCGCAUCAAAUCUUCCUCGGCCUCUGCCAAACUUCCCCUAUCCACCCGGCCCAUGAUUACGAGCCAAUAGUGAGCAACGCAGCCGCUCUCGUCAUUCCACCGCUCGACCCGCAACAGGGCGCUAUGGGAGCAGGUACCCUGGCAGGGAUGGAAGAUGGACAAGGAGGAGACCAGGGUAAUCUGCAGGGGCUGUUCGAUCUGCUCAGUAGCUCGGGGAUGGACUGGCCUGGUUAUUUGUUUGGGGGUGAUGGAGGCGAGCAGGGGUGGAGUGGAGAGGUGGAUGGUGUGAAUAAUGAAGGGGGAAAUGGCGUUUGGACAUGA